GGGUUUGCUCUGGGCAUUUGCUUUGCCCAGUAGUUGAAAAGUGAACUCGACUCGUGAUGGUUCUCCUGUCACUUUGGUUGAUAGCAGCCGCUCUGGUAGAGGUUAGGACUUCAGCUGAUGGACAAGCUGGUAAUGAAGAAAUGGUGCAAAUAGAUUUACCAGUAAAGAGACAGAGAGAGUAUGAGCUGGUGACUCCAGUCAGCACAAAUUUUGAAGGACACUAUCUCUCCCAUAUUCUUUCUGCCAAUCAUAAAAAGAGGUCAACGAGGGACGUGUCUUCCAACUCUGAGCAAUUGUUCUUUAACAUCACAGCAUUUGGAAGAGAUUUUCAUCUGCGACUAAAGCCCAACACUCAGCUAGUAGCUCCUGGCGCUGUUGUGGAAUGGCAUGAGGCAUCUCUGGUGCCUGGGAAUAUAACUGACCCCAUUAAUGAUCAUCAACCAGGAAGUGCUUCAGAAAGAAUCUGGAAAACAGAGCCUUUGCAGACUAACUGUGCUUAUGUUGGUGACAUCAUGGACAUUCCGGGAACCUCUGUUGCCAUUAGCAACUGUGAUGGUCUGGCUGGAAUGAUAAAAGGUGAUAAUGAUGAGUAUUUCAUUGAACCCUUGGAAAGAGGUAAGCAGAUGGAGGAAGAAAAGGGAAGGAUUCAUGUUGUCUACAAGAGAUCAGCAGUAGAACGGGCUCCCAUAGAUAUGUCCCAAGAUUUCCACUACAGAGAAUCGGAUCUGGAAGGCCUUGAUGAUCUAGGUACUGUUUACAGCAGCAUUGACCAGCAGCUGAAUGAAGCCAUGAGACGACGCAGACACGCGGGAGAAAACGAUUACAACAUCGAGGUGCUGCUGGGAGUGGAUGACUCUGUGGUCCGUUUCCAUGGCAAAGAGCACGUCCAAAACUACCUCCUCACCCUGAUGAACAUUGUGAAUGAAAUUUACCAUGAUGAGUCCCUGGGAGUGCAUAUAAAUGUGGUCCUGGUGCGCAUGAUAAUGCUGGGCUAUGCAAAGUCCAUCAGCCUCAUAGAAAGGGGAAACCCAUCCAGGAGCUUGGAGAACGUGUGUCGCUGGGCUUGCCAACAACAAAAAUCUGAUCCCAACCAUUCUGAACACCACGAUCAUGCAAUUUUCUUAACCAGGCAAGACUUUGGACCUGCUGGAAUGCAAGGAUAUGCUCCAGUCACAGGCAUGUGUCAUCCAGUGAGAAGUUGUACCCUGAAUCAUGAGGAUGGUUUUUCAUCUGCUUUUGUAGUAGCCCAUGAAACUGGCCAUGUGCUGGGAAUGGAGCAUGAUGGACAAGGCAACAGGUGCGGUGAUGAGACUGCCAUGGGAAGUGUCAUGGCUCCUUUGGUGCAAGCAGCGUUUCAUCGUUACCACUGGUCCCGCUGCAGCGGCCAAGAACUGAAAAGAUACAUUCAUUCCUAUGACUGUCUCCUUGAUGACCCUUUUGAACAUGACUGGCCCAAACUCCCAGAACUUCCUGGAAUCAAUUAUUCUAUGGAUGAGCAAUGUCGUUUUGACUUUGGGGUUGGUUAUAAAAUGUGCACUGCGUUCCGAACCUUUGACCCGUGUAAACAGCUUUGGUGUAGCCAUCCUGAUAAUCCCUACUUUUGUAAGACUAAAAAAGGACCCCCACUUGAUGGGACCGAAUGUGCUGCUGGAAAAUGGUGCUAUAAAGGUCAUUGCAUGUGGAAGAAUGCUAAUCAGCAGAAACAAGAUGGCAACUGGGGAUCAUGGACCAAAUUUGGCUCCUGUUCCCGGACCUGUGGAACUGGUGUUCGCUUUAGAACACGCCAGUGCAAUAAUCCAAUGCCCAUCAAUGGUGGUCAGGAUUGUCCUGGUGUUAAUUUUGAGUACCAGCUUUGUAAUACAGAAGAAUGCCAAAAACACUUUGAGGACUUCAGAGCCCAGCAAUGCCAGCAGCGUAACUCCCACUUUGAAUACCAGAAUACCAAACACCACUGGUUGCCAUAUGAACAUCCCGACUCCAAGAAAAGAUGCCACCUUUACUGUCAAUCCAAAGAGGCUGGAGAUGUUGCUUAUAUGAAACAGCUGGUGCACGACGGAACGCUCUGCUCUUACAAAGACCCAUACAGCAUAUGUGUGCGCGGAGAGUGUGUGAAAGUGGGCUGUGAUAAAGAAAUCGGUUCUAACAAGGUUGAGGAUAAGUGUGGGGUCUGUGGAGGAGAUAAUUCCCAUUGUCGAACCGUAAAGGGGACGUUUACCAGAACACCCAGGAAGCUUGGGUACCUUAAGAUGUUUGAUAUACCCCCUGGUGCUAGACAUGUGUUAAUCCAAGAAGACGAGGCUUCUCCUCAUAUUCUUGCAAUUAAGAAUCAGGCUACAGGCCACUAUAUUUUAAAUGGCAAAGGGGAGGAAGCCAAGUCGAAGACCUUCAUAGAUCUUGGCGUGGAAUGGGAUUAUAACAUUGAAGAUGACAUUGAAACUCUUCACACCGAUGGACCUUUACAUGAUCCUGUUAUUGUCUUGAUUAUACCUCAAGAGAAUGAUACGCGCUCUAGCCUGACAUAUAAGUACAUCAUCCAUGAGGACUCUGCACCUACAAUCAACAACAACAAUGUCAUCCAGGAAGAAUUAGAUACUUUUGAGUGGGCAUUGAAGAGCUGGUCUCAGUGUUCCAAACCCUGUGGUGGAGGUUUCCAGUACACUAAAUAUGGAUGCCGUAGGAAAAGUGAUAAUAAAAUGGUUCACCGUAGCUUCUGUGAGGCCAACAAAAAGCCAAAACCUAUUAGAAGAAUGUGCAAUAUUCAAGAGUGUACACAUCCACUCUGGGCGGCAGAAGAAUGGGAGCACUGCACCAAAACCUGCGGCAGUUCCGGCUAUCAGCUCCGCGCCGUGCGCUGCCUCCAGCCGUCCCACAAUGGCACCAACCGCUCGGUGCACAGCAAGUACUGCGUGGGUGGCCGUCCGGAGAGCCGCCGGCCUUGUAACAGAGUGCCCUGCCCGGCCCAGUGGAAAACGGGGCCCUGGAACGAGUGUUCAGUAACCUGCGGCGAAGGGACAGAGGUGAGGCAGGUCCUCUGCAGGGCGGGUGACCACUGCGACGGUGAAAAGCCUGAGUCUGUCCGAGCCUGUCAGCUGCCUCCCUGUAAUGAUGAGCCAUGUUUGGGAGAUAAAUCCAUAUUCUGUCAAAUGGAGGUGCUGGCGCGAUACUGCUCCAUACCAGGUUAUAACAAGUUAUGUUGUGAGUCAUGUAGCAAGCGCAGCAGCACCCUGCCACCGCCGUACCUUCCAGAAGCUGCUGAAACUCACGAUGAUGCUAUCUUUAACUCCAGUGACCUCCCCGAAUCGCUAAUGAUGCCUACAUCUUUGGUUCCUUACUAUUCAGAGACUCCUGCUGAGAAGAAGAAAUCUUUGAGCAAGAUCUCUUCUGUAGGAGGUCCAAAUGCACAUGCUGCUUUCAGGCCAAACAGUAAAUCCAGUGGUGCUAACCUACCCCAGAGGAGAGCUCAGCCAGCAGAAAAUAAGACUCUGAGACUGGCCUCCCCACCCACCAAGAGUGGCCACCUCAGUUCAUCUCCACAAAUGGCUGCUGCCCCCUUCCUUGCAGCCAGUGAUUCCACAGGUGCUUCUUCUCAGGCAAGAACCUCAAAGAAAGAUGAAAAGAUUAUUGACAAGAGACGUCCGCUAAGGUCAUCCACAUUGGAAAGAUGAGAAAGUGAAGCCAAAAGGCUAGACAUCAAUGGAAAAUCUGGACAAGCUCCCUCUCCCCGUGGUGCAUACAGCUUGUUUAAAGUGGAAAUCUCCAUAAAUCAUCAACUCAUUUUAUCUGUACGUGGAAGAACAAAAAAGUGCUGGUUCACUUUCUAGUUGCUUUCAUCCUCCUUUUGUUCUGCAUUGACUCAUUUACCAGAAUUCAUUGGAAGAAAGCACCAAAGAUUAUUAACCGAAGGAAAGUAAGUUGCUAAGUGUGUUGGUCAUUUUCUAAAGCAGAAAAGGGACUGGAAUCAAUUGUGCAUACCAGCUGAUUUUCUGGUUGUUGUUUUAAAAAAGUUACAGUAAAAAUAAAAAAGA